AUGUCUUCAGCCGAAUUACUGAAGCGAGAUCAACGCAUUGCAAGAUCAGAAUAUACCAAGGAUUAUUACACCGUCCCUGCCACCAUCCCUGCCACCAUACCUGGGAGUCAGGAACGACGCAGUGCACCUGCAGUAGCACCCAGAAGACCUGGUCAGGCUGGCAGUACUGCAUGGCUGCCACCCCCAGCCAUUAAUCCAGCCAUAUGGCGGGCGUCCAACUCAGCCAAGAUCCAGGAGUCCAGUGCCCAGGCCAGCCAUGCCCAGAGGACCAGGGCAGAGAACAGGAGGCUGUGUGAGGAGACUGAGAGACUGACUGACAGUCACAGAGGUGAGGUUGAGCGCCGCCUGGCAGACCGGCUCUCAGACCUCAAGUUCUGGCGGGAAGAACUGUCGUACCGCCGUGCAGCCAUGGACCUCGAUGCUUCAACCAUUAACACCCUAAAGGAGAGGCUCAAUAAGGCUCUAAAUCUCUACCAACACCCGCUACAAGUGGCAUAUCAGUGUAUAGAGCUUAGGCGUGGGCGUGUGGGCGUGGAGGAGGUGGAAGAUGAGGUGUCGGAGGCACUAAGACAGGAAGUGCAGGAGGUCGCCAGGUGCCUGGAGGCCUUAAGGAAGGCUCGUGACGACGCUGACCUCCAGGUGAGGCAAGUGUUGUCUUGUGGUCACCAACUGUCCAAUAACCUGAAGGAGAAGAACGAGGCAGUGUUGGUGGAUGAAGCAGCGUCCUCCCUCACCACCUCCAACACUGCCACCUCCAACACCACCAUCACAACACACCAUCCAAGUGAUGUGACUGUUGACUGUUGGAGAGGGACUGUUGUUAAACUUCUGCACACAGCUGACAACAACAGUAAACUGUCCAAACAGCUGACAGGUGUGGUCCAGGACCUGCUGGUGACCACGGACCAACAGAUACGUCAGAGACUGGACCAUACGGACCACUGUCUCCAGCAGACAAGCAACACCCGCAGGACCAAGACCAUGCUGCAAGACCAGCAUGCCAAGUUGGUGGAGGAGGAGUCACAGCUGGUGCAGAGUAUGCUGGAGGUUCAGGACCAGCUGGAGGCUAAGAAAGGUCCCUUAGCCUUGGUCCACACCCGUCUGCAGACACGCUUACUCAGACCAAAUAUGGAGAGAACCAGGGAUGAGGCGGAGGUAGCGCUGCUGGAGGAGGUCCAGGAGUUAGAGCUGAGCAUCUGCCGGCUGCACUCAGCCUUGGAUGCCUCAGCUCAGCACCUCCAGAGGUUGAGGUCAACCAAGGUCAACCUCCAACACAACAUUAACCUCCAGGCCAAGACUCUCCUCAUUGAUGAGGUCCACCUGCUAGGCCUGAGAACCUCCACCACCUGCUAGGCCCGAGAACCUCCACCACCUGCUAGGCACGAGAACCUCCGCCACCUGCUAGGCCCGAGAACCUCCACCACCUGCUAGGCCUGAGAACCUCCACCACCUGCUAGGCCUGAGAACCUCCACCACCUGCUAGG